AUGCGGUUCACACACAUCUUCCUCCCUCUCCUUGCGGCUCCCGUGGCUCUGGCUGUCGCUGCCCCAGAGCCCAACCCCGUCGCGGCUCCUGCUCCUGCCAGUACCGGCCUCCUCAGCACACUUUCCGACCUCGAAGGCCUACUCAGCGACGAGAAUAUUAGCAACCUCCAAACUAUCAUCACCAACGCCGCUAAGGUUCUUUCGGAUGACAAUACCAACACACUACAGACUAUCUUGACCAACGCUGGCUCGUUGUUGACUAAGGACUUCGUGGAUAACACUACUACUUUGAUCGGGGAUGCUACACCGCUUAUUGAGGAUGUCUCGAAACUACUUGGAUCUCUUCUUGGCUCACUUUAA